UGUGCCGUCAAACACCGACGAAGAAGAAAAUCGGACAGCCUCGUAUUGGACGCGAAGAAGAGACCAAAUCGAAGAAAACAUGGCUGGCACUGCAGGCUGUGAGCAUUAUGUACGAAGCUGCUUGAUGAAAGCUCCUUGCUGUGGUAAACUGUAUGUGUGUCGGCUGUGCCAUGAUGCAGAGGAAAACCACCAAAUGGAUCGUUUUAAAGUCAGAGAGGUGCAGUGCUCUGAGUGUCAGGCAGUGCAGCAGGCCCAGCAGAAUUGCCAGCAGUGUCAAGUGCAGUUUGGGGAGUAUUACUGUGACGUUUGCCACUUGUUCGACAAGGAUAAGAAGCAGUACCACUGUCAACCCUGUGGAAUAUGCAGGAUUGGGCCCAGGGAGAAGUAUUUCCAUUGUGACAAGUGCAAUCUGUGUUUAGCCAAGGAUCUUCGAGGAAACCACAAGUGUGUUGAAAAUGUGUCAAGGCAGAACUGCCCGGUGUGUAUGGAGGAUAUUCACACAUCCAGAAUCGGAGCUCACGUUCUGCCCUGUGGCCAUCUUUUACACAAGACCUGCUUUGAUGACAUGGUCAGAACAGGAGCAUAUCGCUGCCCUCUGUGUAUGCACUCUGCCUGGAACAUGGUGGACCACUGGGAUCAGAUAGACAUAGAGAUUGCUCAGUCUCCCAUGCCCACUGAAUACCAGGGUGCUACUGUCAAAAUUAUUUGUAAUGACUGCCAAGCUCACUGCACGGUGCCUUUCCAUGUGCUGGGCAUGAAGUGCAGCGGCUGUGGCUCCUACAACACAGCACAGGAAGGAGGACUCAUCCAGAACCCUCAACAACAACAACAACAGCAGCCAGAGGAGGACACUGAGAUUGAGGCAGAAACAGACACGGAGCCAGAGCAGCAGGAUCAACCUGAGUAAUCCACUGCAUAUUAGUAUUACAACCAAAAUGAUUGACAUUUGGCUGGCCACUUAAUUUUCGUAACUUCAUUUAUUGUAACACCCAAUAUUCCUUGAUCGCAUACAUUACAGAAAUCCAUCUAUUUUUCCGUAUUGGCUUGUCCUCUGCAGCCGUAGGAACCUAUUCCAGCAUGCACUGGGUGAGAAAAAGGGUACAGUCCUGCCAGUCUAUGAUUGGGACUGGGUGUACAGGAACUAAAACAUAACACACAUACACACACACACACUCACUUACACUUACAAUCAUAGUCCAUCUGACCUGUAUGUCUUAACACUGUGAGAGGAAACCCACAAAAACACGGCAAGAACAUGCAAAUGCCACGCAGAAAGAUCCGCACUGGUCAACUUAUUAAAACCCAGAAAGGCUGUCCUGUGGACAGUCUUCUGAGUGACACUGGCACAACGAUAAGUAAAUGAACAGAAAUACUUUUCCAGUGAAAAGCGCUGAUGCUUUAAAGGCUCAACGGCAUCUGACCAAUUGUGAUUAUUUCCUGUUAAGUUGUGGCAACAUGCCACACGUUCUAUUUAAAGGGGCAGUAAGCGAUUUUGGAGAAAGAUUAUCUUUCUCUCUUUGUUGCUGUUGAUGAUGAUGUUUUCCCUUCACUGGUCGGGCCUCAGGUAUGGGAGACAGAUGCAUUAACCAUGAGUCCAAAACCCCUUAGCUAUAGCGUCUGUCGCUAGCACGUCUCCUGAGGUGUCGGGGAGCGAUGUUUACAAACUGCACACAGUGUUGUGUGGUCCUCACCAUUUUCUGAUUUCAAUUUCAAGAGCCAGGAUUUCUUUGCGGCGCUCACAGAGAACCGAAAGCUAGCAAACCGUGAGUAAAUAUUCGCAGAAUUUUACUAAAAGGGGAUUGGAUUAAAAUCGUUUACUGCCCCUUUAAAUGCUACAAAACAACAUCAUUCAACACUAUUUAUAUUGUAGUAAGUGUUCACAGUAACUUAGCACUAACUUCAAAAGCUAGUAACACAAGGCAGUGUCUAUAAAGGAUUUGUAAAUGUGAGACCCAUUAUGGAAUUAAAAAUGGACUUGGUGAAAGGGAUGGCAUUCAUGCAGAGAAGACAGAUGUUUCAGUCCAUAUGUGGACUAUUCUCAGUGCAGUAUUUGCACUGGUCUUUUUUUUCUUUUUCUGCAUGUGAAUCAAAGAUUAAAGAGAGACAUUUUCUA